UUUUUUUUUGUGUGUGUGUGACGUAGCUUCCGGCCGCUAACACCGACUGCGAUUUUUCGCGGUAAAAUGAAGUGUGUAUCUGUAACGUAGAUCUGAUUUGUCCCGGAGCUCGCUCGGCUUGGAACAAACUGCUGUAAGUCACAGUUAGAACGGUUGAGAGAAUUAGAUCGUGCACGUUGGUAUGAGGUGACAGCGAAGCUCAAGUCACACUGGACCUUCUCCACAGUAAAAGACACAAUGGCGCUAGUAACCGCGGAGAGUCUGAAGUCGGAGCUGGAGAUGUUCGACGUGCCGUGUACGGACGACUCGGUCCUCGACACCAUGGUGGAGCUGUGUAUUUGCAGCAGGAUACAGGCGGACGAGAUGUUGCUGGAGUGGGUCGCCUACAGCACCACGAAAAACGGAUUGAAACUCUCAGCGGACACCCUGGAGCAAUUCAAACAUGAGGUGUUGAACAAGAAGAGUAAAUCCAAACAGAGCUUCAGGAAAGAUGAAAGUCAUAACAGAACCAGAGACAUCCACUCACUGCAGGACUUAAUCAAAGCUGAGGAAGAGGAGGACAAUCUUCUAGACUCCUACUCGACUCCUGCGAAGGGCCCUCAGAAACGAGCUCUGACCACCCCUGAACACCCUCACUCGAAAAGGAGCACAGCUCUGCUGGCCAGCCCGGGCCUGCUGCUGUCUCCCGCCAGCUUCUCUCCCAGUGCAACUCCCUCGCAGAAGUACAGCCAGCGAGGAGGGAAAGGGGAGGUGGUGGUCACCUUUGGGGCGGUGCAGGGCACCCGCUGGGUCGGCAGGAGGUCGGCGGGUGCAGGCGUCCAGCUGGAGCUGCUGGAGGGUUGUGAAGACUCGCUCCGCUCCAGCUACAAGUUCAUGUUCCAGAGGCUGCGUGACGUUCGAAAUGUGUUGACGGAGAAGAUAGAGGAGUUAGGAGAAAGCCUUAAGUCUCACUUCAGCAUCGAAGAGUUCUCUCCCGUGUCUCUGCCCGCUCAGGACAGUAUAAAGGUGUUGGGACAGGUGUGCUGCGACAGCAACGGCAAACUGAACGCACAUUCGGUUCUGUUGGAGGCGGGACCAGAGCAAGGUGGUCACCAAGUACCUGUGGACCUAUCAGAGCUCAAAGAGUACUCCCUGUUUCCUGGUCAGGUGGUGGUGAUGGAAGGGAUGAACACGACAGGAAGAAAACUGAUGGCUUCAAAACUGUAUGAGGGAGUCCCACUUCCUUUCUACACUCCUGAGAUAAAGAUGGAGAUGGAUGAAGAGCCAAUGAACGUACUCGUGGCCUGUGGACCGUACACCACGUCUGACACCCUGACCUUUGACCCUCUGUUGGACCUAAUCAGCAUCAUCGUCAGGGAUCGUCCUGACGUCUGCCUGCUGCUGGGCCCGUUCGUGGAUUCCAAACAUGAACAGAUUGAGAAAGCCCAGGUAACUGAGACAUUUGAGGCCAUUUUCUCAAGAUGUGUUGAAAGCAUCCUGGAUGGCACCAAAAGCGUUGGCUGUCGUCUGGUGUUCGUGCCCUCACAGAGAGACAUCCACCACCAUUACAUCUUCCCACAGCCUCCCUUCACGCUGCCAAACCUCAGCAAGGACCAGGUUCAGCGUGUCACCCUGGUCCCUGACCCCUGCACCCUGCUGAUCGACGGUGUGACCUUUGGCUUGACAUCCACUGACAUCCUGUUCCACAUGGGCGCAGAGGAGAUCAGCUGUGGCACUGGAUCGGACAGAUUUUCUCGCAUACUGAAACACAUUCUGACCCAGAGGAGUUACUACCCGCUGUAUCCGCCUGUGGAGGAGGUCAACAUGGACUAUGAGAAGUUUCAGAGCUUCGGUCAGAUGCCGCUCACCCCCGACGUUCUCAUCAUUCCUUCGGAGCUGCGAUACUUUGUGAAGGAUGUGGUCGGCUGCAUUUGUGUCAAUCCUGGUCGGCUGACCAAAGGCCAGGUGGGCGGGACCUACGGCAGGCUGCUCGUUCAGCGCAGCGCCUCAUCCCAGGAUGUGAAGAGAGUGAGCCCCUGUUUGGCUGCUCAGGUGGUGAAAGUCUAAACAGCAACAAAUACUUGAAAUUCUCAUUGCCAGCAUCUUUCCAUGACGUACUCUCACGUAAAACAUGUGAAAGACAGAAAUCGCCCUUUGGUCAGUUUUGUAUGAAAAACAUGUUGUGGGGUGAACUGUGCUUUGGUUGGGAAGAUGGGUUCAGUCACUCUGAUACAGCAAAAUGAAUCUCUUCAAUAAAUUAUUUUCGCCAUUUCCUA